UGCUGCCCUUAUAGUGUGUGAGACAGAGAUAAUGUGUGUGCUGUAAUUCAGUGCAGCAUGUGCAUUUGUGUGACUGCAAAGGGGAUCUGAUCUCUCUCUUUUGUCUGCUGUGCAGCUGCUUAAUAUUUCUCUCUUCCUGCACAACUCUUUACUUUUAUCUGGCUCCUAAUUCAAUGUCUGGUUUAUUUUUCAAUAAGAAGCUCUUGCUUAGUUGUACUCAAUAGAAAACAGCUUACUACCUCUAUAACAUUGCUAGAAAAAAGACACUAUUUCACUGCAGAAAGAAAUCCUUGAACUAAAAUUGAUACUUUUCCCUUUUCUGCCCCCCUUCAAUAAAUCCACACAGACGCCGGUGCAAAAAAAAAAAAAGACAAAGUUGUUCUCUGGGCAGUGAUUAACUAACUUUGCUGGAAAAAAAGCUGGUAAAACCAAUCAGGAAAAGAAACACACAUUGGCAGAUUUAAGAGUUUUUCAACGUCUGCUACAUGUGUUUAGACCAUUAAGUGAAUGGGGCAAGGAAAAGGGAUGGGAAGAUUUCACUGCAACUGCUGGCUUUUAUAUAUUCUGUGUGUCCUGUCAACUCUGAUCAGCACAGGCUUAAUGCACUUGUCACAGUGGGAUGAUGAAUGGGAAGUUGUUUAUCCAUCUGUUUGGGGUUUAGAAAAGACCAAACUAGCUGACAAAGACAGUGCUGUGUUGCUAAAUACUUCUACCCAUUCCAAAAAUCUCAGCUCUGAAGACUCCUUUUCUCUACGCAAUCAAGGUGCUACAAGUUCUCGAGAAGUGCGUUCUGUUUCUUCUUCGUCAUCAACUCCCAAAUACAAACAAAACCAACAUAAUGACAAAGAAGACCAUGAGUUUCAAGAGUUUUACCACUGGCCACCAUUUCAGCAUUUGUCUGGGGGUAAAAGCAUGAACGUGUCUAGAUUAUUUUCUUCAGUUUCAGAUCAUUCAACCAGCAGGCCUAGAAACUCUGCUCAACCUUCUGAAAAUGCUGGAAAGAUGAGACUAAGGAUACCAGCUUUUGGCAAGGAACUCUAUUUAUUGCUGAAAAAGGAUAACCACUUUUUAUCUCCAAAUUUUGUGAUUGAGGAAAGACCUUUAGAGGGCAGAGGAUCGUCUCCUACAGGGGAUACAGAUAGAGACUGCUACUAUAGCGGCACUGUGCUUGGCCACCGUGGGUCUUUGGCUUCCUUUAGCACAUGUGGUGGACUGCUGGGUUUUAUUCAAGUUAAUGAAGACUUCAUUUACGUUGAGCCCUUGAACACCACACUGGCAGUAGCUGGGCAUGCACAUCGCAUAUACAGAAAAAAGAGAUCUGCAGGAGACAGAACUACCGCUUCUCAGCAUCCACAUUGUGGAGUGACAGAUAAAAGAAGAACAACAAAUUAUAAAGCUCCUGAAAAUGGAAGAGGAAAAAGAUAUUCCUAUAAACAAAAUCAAGAAUACAAUAUAGAAACUGUAGUUGUUGCUGAUCCAGCCAUGGUUUCCUAUCACGGAUCAGAUGCUACCAGAAAGUUCAUUCUCACCAUCCUUAAUAUGGUUUACAACCUCUUCCAGCACAAAAGUCUAGGUGUACAGAUGAACCUUCGGGUUACAAAACUUGUCCUCCUUCAUGAAACACCGAUAGACAUGUACUUUGGACACCAUGGUGAGAAAAUGCUGGAAAGUUUUUGUAAAUGGCAACUUGAAGAAUUUGGAAAGAAGAAUGAUAUUCAUUUGGAAAUGUCAACAAGCUGGGGGGAUGAAUAUUCAGCAGUAGAUGCUGCAAUUCUUAUAACAAGGAUGGAUUUCUGUGUCCAUAAAGAUGAACCAUGUGAUACAGUUGGUAUAGCAUAUUUGAAUGGAAUGUGUAGCGAGAAAAGAAAAUGUAUUAUUGCAGAAGACAACGGUCUGAAUCUUGCAUUUACUAUUGCUCAUGAAAUGGGUCACAACAUGGGAAUUAAUCAUGACAACGACCACCCAAACUGUGCUGAUGGCCUUCACAUUAUGUCUGGAGAAUGGAUCAAAGGACAAAAUCUUGGAGAUGUUUCAUGGUCCAGAUGCAGUCGAGAAGACCUUGAAAGAUUCCUCAGGUCAAAAGCCAGUAACUGUUUGUUGCAGACAAAUCCCCAAAGCCUUAGCUCCAUGAUUAUUCCCUCAAAACUGCCAGGGAUGACGUACACAGCAGAUGAGCAAUGUCAAAUUCUGUUUGGACCAACAGCUUCUUUUUGUCAAGAAAUGCAGCAUAUCGUUUGUACAGGACUGUGGUGUAAGUUGGAAGGGGAAAAAGAAUGUAGAACCAAACUGGAUCCUCCAAUGGAUGGAACAGAGUGUGGUACAGAAAAGUGGUGUAGGGUUGGCGAAUGUAUCAGCAAGACAUCAUCUGCAGAACACUUAGCUGGCGAAUGGAGUGCCUGGAACGCUUGUAGCAGGACAUGUGGUACUGGGAUCAGCAGCCGGCAACGGAAAUGUCUUCGUCAAGGCUCUGAAGAAGGACAUUGUAAUGAUCCCAAGAUACAGUACAGAAUCUGUGAAAAUCCUAUUUGUCCUGCUGGAUCACCUGAAUUCAGAGACUGGCAGUGCCAAGCUUUUAACUACAGGUCUUCCUACCACAAGCAGAAAUACCAAUGGCAUGCAGUCAUAAUUGAAGAGAAACCUUGUUCACUUUUCUGCUCUGCGCUCGGAAAAGAUCAGCCUAUACUUGUGGCAGAAAAAGCUUUGGAUGGAACACCUUGUGGCCAGAAUGGGGUGGACAUAUGCUCAAAUGGUAGAUGCCAGAAAGUUGGCUGUGAUGGAAUUUUAGGUUCGUUAUCAAGAGAGGAUCAUUGCGGUAUUUGCAAUGGCAAUGGAAAAUCUUGCAAAAUUAUUAAGGGUGACUUUAAUCAUACUAGAGGAGCAGGAUAUGUAGAAGCAGUGGUGAUACCAGCUGGUGCAAGAAGAAUUAAAGUUGUAGAAGAAACGCCUGCUCAUAGUUACCUUGCUCUCAGGGAUGCCAGCAAACAGACUAUUAAUGAUGACUGGAAAAUUGAAGAGCCAGGAGCAUUUCAGAUGGCCGGAACAACUGUGCAUUAUAUUAGAAGAGGUCUGUGGGAAAAGAUUUCUGCGAAAGGUCCAACGACAUCUCCUCUACAUAUUUUGGUGCUGCUAUUUCAUGAUCAGAAUUAUGGUCUUCAUUAUGAAUAUACAAUUCCUGUAGACCCUGGUCAAGAGAAUCGUAGAGUUAAAGUGAAUGAACCGUUAUUUAUGUGGACACAUUCUGGCUGGGAAGACUGUGAUGCUGUUUGUGGAGGAGGGGAAAGGAAGACCACUGUGUCGUGCACUAAAAUUCUGAAUAAAAAUAUCACCAUUGUUGGCAGCAAAUAUUGCAAAGAACUUACAAAACCAGAUCCACAAAUCAGGAAAUGUAAUGAACAGCCUUGUCAAAUAAGAUGGAUGAUGACAGAAUGGACGUCAUGUUCCAGGACAUGUGGGAAAGGAACUCAAAGUAGGCAGACGGCAUGUACUCAACAACUACGCAAUGGAACACUGAUUACAGCAAGAGAAAGAGACUGCCCUGGAUCUAAACCAGCUUCUACCCAGCGCUGUGACGGCCAGGAAUGUUUCACAGUGUGGGAGGCCGGAGUAUGGUCUGAGUGCUCUUUAAAAUGUGGUAAAGGUGUACGGCAUCGAACUGUGAGGUGCACAAAUCCCCGUAAGAAAUGCCUUUUGUCAUCAAGACCUAAAGAAAUGGAAGAUUGUGAAGACUAUUCAAAGUGCUACAUAUGGAGAACUGGAGACUGGUCUAAGUGUUCUGUGACCUGUGGAAAAGGCAUGCAAUCAAGAGUUAUUCAGUGCAUGCACAAGAUUACAGGAAGACAUGGAAAUGAAUGUUUUUCAUCUGAAAAACCAGCUGCAUACAGACCAUGUCAUCUACAUGCUUGUAAUGAGAAGAUAAAUGUUAAUAAAAUAACUUCUCCACGCCUUGCUGCUUUAACCUUCAAAUGUCUUCAGGACCAAUGGCCAGUAUAUUGCAAAGUCAUUCGUGAAAAAAACCUCUGUCAGGACAUGAGAUGGUACCAACGUUGCUGUGAAACCUGCAGGGACUUUUAUGCUCAAAAAAUGCAGCGAAGGACUUGACAUUCACCUAACUGAUUCUAUUCUAUUACACACCUAUUUAAAAACAAUACAAAAAUAUGCAUACAUACAUAAGCCGAAAUGUUUUCAGUAUUUUUUUAAAUAAUUUUAUCAAUUUAAUUUAUUUUGUGCAGUUUCCACACCACAAUUGCUAUAUAUAUGCAGCACGUGUUUAAACCAGAAAUGCAUACCGUUAGGGCAUCUUUCUACUGUAAUUGCAAUAGAAUAUAUAUAUAUCUAAAUAAUGUGUAAUUUAGUGUAUCAGUUUAAUGCAAAUGGCCAGUAUGUGUAAAUGAAUCAGAUUAUUAUACUUUUUCAGAUAGUGGAGAUGAGACACAAAACUCAUUUUAACUGCAAAUAAACAAAGAUAUUUCUUAAUCUUUUGGAUCUAUUACACUAAAAUAUAGUAAAACUCAUAGUUGUGAUCACAUCAGGUGUCUUUUUGUAAAGAUAAUUGUGAUUUAUAAUAGAGGCAUUACAUAAAGUAGGUGGUGUUGCCCUUAAAUUAUAUAAUGCUGCAAUUUAGUAAAUAGUUAGUAGACGUGUGCCUUGAGUACUGUAGCAAAUAGGAACUGGGCCAUAGAAACAUUAAUAUAUUAAGGUGCUAAACCCAAAUUUGAAAACGGUGCUAAACCAGAAAUUUGGUGCUAUUCAUAAAUAAAGUCAUGAUUUCUGGUAUGCAUUUUUGUUGGCUAAAAUAAAUGUUAAAAUAAUAGAGUGAAUAGAUUAUUAGGGCUAGAUUUACCAAUGUCUGCCCGACAUUGCUGAAUGCUGACAGCAUACGCUGUCGGCAUUUAUCAUUACACAAGCAGUUCACCAGAACUGCUUCUGCAAUGCCGCUCCCUGCAGAUUUGCGGCCAAUCUGCCGCUAGCAGGGGGUGUCAAUCAGCCCGAUCGUAUAGGAUCAGGCGGAUUGAAGACUCAGAGGCAGCGGACAAGUUAUGAAGCAGCGAUCUUAGACCGCUGCUUCAUAACUGCUGUUUCCAGUGAGCCUGAAGGCUCACGCGGAAACAAGGGGAACAAUAGCCAUUCUGCCUAUGAUAAAUCUACCCCUUAGAGUUUAAUCUGUUUUAACACUUUCUUAGCUUUUUUUUCUCUCUGCUGUUCAGAAAAAUAUAAGCAACAGCCAUAUUUUUCAUUUAGGAACAGUAACACAUUCAUUUUAAAAUUCUAAUAAUUGUUAAUACAUAUUUCCAAGAAAAACUUGGUUGACUUCCAAAACAAGUAUAUAAACCCCGAGACAUUUUAAUUUUAGGGAAAAAAAGCACAACCCCUUAUUUUUUAAAAAUUUUUGUAUUUCAUGAACAAUAUCAAUAUUCAUUUUUAUUCUCUGCAAGACUUGUAGAAAAGUUUAAAUAAUUUAUGUUGUGUGUGAUAUAUACUAGAAAAUGAUCAAAUCAGGAAGUUCUAUAGCAUCAUGUGUUUUGUGAGCUAGCUAAUUACAUGCAUGUUUGUAGUGACAAAGUGAUCCUUUUUGUAUAAUAAUUCAACAAAAAAUAAAUAGCACUUUUACAGUUUAACCACUAAAACUCUUAAUUUUAUUCUGGAAAAAACAUUUUUUAGAAAAGGGAAUAGUUAUAAAAUAUCUUAUUACACAGGUGAUAAAUUAUGACGUUUGUGAACAAAACAUUUUUUUUUUGUACAUUUCUGAGCAUACAAACACAUCUAGCAUUGCCAACACGGUUUAUAAAAUAUACCUGUUCAUUUUUCCUAACUUUUGCAAUGCCACCAUCAGAAUAAUCCGCACACACUACUACUGAAGAGGCUUUAAAUCCUCCUAUUGUAGCAUUUCCCUGCAUCAAACAUUCAAGUUUGCAUUGUGUGUUUUGUAAAGAUGAAUCACUUUACCAGUCAUAUUUCUCUGAACACUACUAAACAGCUACACCUUUUACUUACUGACUAAUACAGUACUGUAUAAUUUGCAGUUAGUUUAAAAAUGAGAUCUACAGUAGCCAUUCAUCUUUACAAAACUACAAAGACUUUCAAUUUAACAAAUGUUUUGAUGGAUAAUAUUCGGUAUCCUACUUGAACUGAUAUCUUUAGAUAUCACAUACAUGCAUAAUACCACUUCCAUAACAUUAAAUUAUUUUGGGAGAGGCACAGGAAUUAAAUAUAGUGUCCAGUUGUUCUAACAAAAUAGCAACAAAGUGCAAAAAUAAAAUUACAUUUCAGUAGUAUUUAAACUAACAGCUUAGCAUGAAAUCACCUGGAGGAUUUUUAAAACCAGUGUUAAUAAAACUAAAAUAAGUAAAUGUAUGUUUUCAUUAGAGAUUGCAUUAAACCAAUUAAAUAUUUAAGGUGUUAUUUUUACAUCAUAUGCCUGUAACAGCCAUAAACUAAAGUGUUGCAUGAACCGUCAGCUUGCAUUUACCUUAAAAGUGACACUGAACCCAAUUUUUUUUAUUUUGUGAUUCAGAUAGACUAGACCAUGCAAUUUUAAGCAACUUUCUAAUUUACUACUAUUAUCAAUUUUUCUUAGUUUUCUUGCUAUUGUUAUUUGAAAAAGAAGGCAUCUAAGCUUUUUUUUUUGGUUCAGAACUCUGGACAGCACUUUCUUAUUGGUGGAUGGAUUUAUCCACCAAUCAGCAAGAACAACCCAGGUUUUCACCAAAAAUGGGUCACCAUCUAAACUUACAUUCUUGCUUUUCAAAUGAAGAUACCAAGAGAAUGAAGAAAACUUGAUAAUAGGAGUAAAUUAGAAAGUUGCUUAAAAAGUCAUGCUCUAUCUGAAUAACAAAAUAAAAAAAUUGGGUUCAGUGUUCCUUUAAGUAAAGGGAUCUGCUAUUGCACUGAAGAAACAGAAUGGUCAUUUGACCUUAUCAUAGAAGCAGAGUGGAGACAUUUACUUCUUCAAGUGUGCCAAGUAGAGAGGUCAUAUUUUUAUAUAGAUCUUCCUGAACAUAUUUCUUGUGUCAACUGCUAUCUUAUCAGGACACUAGUGUUCACUCACAUCAACUUGAAUACAAUAUCAAACACUGUAUAUGUUUACACUGAAUCACUGUUGCACUGGUUAAUUGUAAACUAAAUACUUUAAGAACGUUUCUAGGCAGUUUACUAUAAUUGAUUCAAUUUAUUUUACAAUUUUACUUACAUUGACUAUUAAAUGUAAAUGUUGUCCUUGUUAUUUAAGUGGACAUAUAAUGUCAUAGGUUCUUUUACAAGGGGAUUGAAUCUGUAUAUAAAGUACUAGCUGUUUCAGGAGGUAUACAUCUCUGUGCCUAAGUAAUACUGUAUGAUGAUUUGUUACUUAUUGGUAUAGGUUAGUUGCUUUAUAACCUCAUAAAGAAUACAAUAUUGAAUAACUUUGAAUAUUUGAAAGUUGAAGACUUGCUAAAUCUACCUAUUGAUGGUAAUUUAUCAUGGGGCAAUAAGUGAAAGGGACAUGAAACCCACAAUUUUUCUUUCAUUGUUUAGAUACAAUUGGGAAUUUAAACAACUUUCCAGUACUUCUAUUAUCAAAUGUUCUUCAUUCUCUUGGUAUCCUUUGUUGAAGGAGCAGCAUCGCACAACUGGGAACUAGCUGAACAUAUCUGGGGAACAAAUGUCAAGAGGUAUUUAUGUGCAGCCACCAAUCAGAUGCUAGACCUCAGUAAUGCAUUGCUGUUCCUGAGCCUACCUAGGCAUUCUUUUCAACUAAGGAUACUCAGAGAACUAAGCAAAUUAGAUAAUAUAAGUAAACUGGAAAUUUGUUUGAAAUAACAAGCUCUGUCUGAACCGUGAAAGAAAAAAAUUGGCAUUCAUGUCCCUUUAAACAUAACUUUUCAAAUCAUGGUUUCAAUUUUGUAUACUAUAAUUUGGGAACAUAUACGGAGAAGCAUUAGCUUUAAUAAUUAGAUCAUGCACUUUACACUGUUUAUUGAUAAUAUCAAAACUGACUACUCACUUACUUAAUUGUAUGGGUGGUGGACCUAUCCAUUUCAAAGAAUAAACGACCAUUUUAAAUGGCAAACCAACUCUUUUAGGGCUCCCCUCAGUUUUACACCUAAUAAUUAUUGCCAAUGUUUAGAUAAUAUAGUCCAGAAUGUUAUUGGUAAGGAGACCUAUCUGCUUAACCCCUUAUCUAUCAGAGUGGGCAGCAAAAAUGUAGGUUCACUUAUAAUACAGAUGCCAAUUUUUGGUUCCCACAUAUAAUCCAAACAAGCACAUAUUUCCAUAUGCACAGUGUAUAACCAAUAAGCAUAUAGUAUUAUUCAGAAAAGGAUUUUUAAAAAAUGAUUUGAUUUAUAAAAAAAUGUCUAGUAUUUGCAUUGGUAAUAAAUGCUUUUUUGGAUAAAGAAAACUUACAAUUUUAAAUGAAUAUGUUAAACACACAAUUAUGGUAAUUACAGUAUAUAUCUAGUUUUAAAGGAACCUUGAUGUCAAAAUGAAACUUCCAUGAUUCAAAUAAAGUAUACAGUUUUAUAAAACUUUUGCUAGAUUCACAUUUCUCCUAGUAUCUUUUUUUAAAACUAAGUAUUUUUCCAUAAGAGCAUGCAAAAGUAGGAUUAUUAAUAUGGUAAUACAGUAUAUAGCACUGAAAUUAGCAUGCUACAAAACCUACCUAGGUAUUCUAUCACGAAAGAAGCCAAAAUUUGCAGAGGAAAGCAAUAAAUCUGAUAAUUUGACUAAAGAUGCAAACUGGAAAGUGUUUACAAUUCUGCACUAGCUGAAUCAUGAAAGUUCAAUUUUGACCUCUAUUUGCCUUGUCCUCAAAAAGAACCAGUGUCUCAACAAAACAUUUUCUUUACAUUUCCUCAUAACAUUGCAUUUGUUUGCCAUGUGUUUGUUUGUGUAAAAAUAUAUCCUUAGUCUAUUAAAAGUUUGGUGAAUUAUUUGGGAAUGUUAAAUAUUUCUUUAAAAAUAUUAUACUGUUUACCUGAAUUUAACAUUAAAAAAUAUAUUUCAGAUG